AUGCUUACGGUUCGGCCCAUCAGCAGAGUAUCCGUCCUGGGACAGCGACUUAUCAUCCUUAACGACGCCAAUCUAGCCAUCGAACUUCUCGACAAACGAUCGGCUGUACACUCUGACCGUCCCAAAAUGCCAUUCGCCGAACUCUGCUUCAAGGCUUAUCGCAAGAGUCUGCACCGUGAGAUCGUGUCGAAAGCCAGUUCGUUCUCUCGAUUCAACUCAUUGCAGGAGGUAGAAGUGCGUCGCUUUAUCUUGCGACUGCUUAACCGGCCGGAGGAUCUGGUCGGUCAUAUUCGGAAAUUGGAUAUGGUUACUCAAUCGAUCCCUUCAAGCGACCCGCUCGUAGAUCUGGCCGAUGAAGCAGUAGAGCAAUUCUUUCUAGCUCGUACCGCCAACGUCUUCCGCAAGCAAAGUCAAGCAGUGGCCGAUACCCCCUUUGCGUUUGUGCAUCAGCAAAUGUCCCAGCCUGGAUACGAACCGUCCUUCGCCUCCAAUCUCUUGGAAGGCAAGGUUCUCACGCCAGGAUCGACAGAGAAAACGGUCAUCAAAUGGUCUUCUGCUACGUUGUAUGCUGCUGGGGCAGAUACUACCGUCUCCACCACCACAUCAUUCUUCCUCGCCAUGGCCCUGUACCCAGAGGUUCAGCACAAGGCCCAAGAAGAGAUCGACCGAGUGAUAGGCCCCAGUAGACUGCCUGUGGAAUCCGACCGGCCAAAUCUGCCCUACAUCGAUGCGCUGGUGAAGGAGGCUCUCCGGUGGCAUCCCGUGGCGCCCAUGGGCAUUCCCCACCGAUCAAUGGAGGACGAUAUUUGCGAAGGAUAUCUCAUUCCAAAAGGCUCCCUCAUCAUCCCCAACAUCUGGGCCUUCUGCCACGACCCGACCGGAUACGAAAACCCCAUGACAUUCAAUCCCGGGCGUUUUUUGUGCGAAACCCCCGAGCGUGAUCCGCAUUAUCUCGCCUUUGGCUUCGGUCGGCGUGUCUGUCCCGGGCGUACGCUGGCCGAUUCGAAUAUCUUCUUAGCCAUUGCGCAAACGUUAGCAUCGUGUCAUAUCAGCAAAGCGGUACGCGAUGGGAAGGAGAUGGAUGUGUGCCCCGAGUUUGUUCCGGGCACGAUCAGCCAUCCAGCGCCAUUUGAGGUGAGUGUCACUCCGCGCAGUGCGCAGUAUGAGGAAAUGAUUAGGGCUCUGGAGACUGAGCAUCCGUGGGAAACGGCCCACGCGGAGAAGUUGUGGACGGAGUUCUUCGAGGGGGGAGAAUAG